AUGCCCGCGAGCCGGCGCGACCCCGGCGGCGGCACCGGCGCCGAAGUUGCGCUCCUAGCCGCCGGGCUGCGAGCGGAGUUGCUGCCGCGGCACGUGGCUGUGGUGAUGGACGGGAACUCGCGGUGGGCGCGCGCGCGCGGGCUGCCGUCCGCGGCCGGGCACGAGGCCGGGCGCCGCGUGCUGGAGGAGGUGGUGCGGCUCUCCCGCGCCUGGGGCGUCCGCGCGCUCACCGCCUUCGCCUUCUCCCAUGAGAACUGGAGCCGGCCCAAGAAGACCGCGAGAGAAGCCGAGGAGGCCACACGGAACAACUCGCGGCUCGACCUGACACUGGCAAUCAGCUACAGCUGGCGGAGGGACAUAGUGCAAGCAUGCCGGAACCUCGCUCAGAAGGUGCGCGACAAGCUGCUGAAGCCGGAGGACAUCGACGAGUCGCUGUUCGCCGAUGAGCUCGAGACGAGCCAUGCCAACGAGCUCCCUGAUUACCCCGACCUGCUCAUCAGAACCAGCGGCGAGCUGCGGCUGAGCAACUUCCUGCUGUGGCAGUCGGCGUACGCGGAGCUCUUCUUCACGGACACGCUGUGGCCCGACUUCGGAGAGGCCGACUACCUCGAGGCACUGGUAUCCUUCCAGAGCAGAGACAGGCGGUUCGGGUUAAGGAAAUUGUAG